CCGCAGCUCUGAGCAUUCCCACGUCAUUAGAGGAGCCGGUGGGGAAUGAGAGCAUGUCUGCUUUCAGGUUGUGGCCUGGCCUGCUGCUGACCGUGCUGGCUUCUCUCUGCCAUAGAGGUUCAUCGUGUGGCCUUUCAACGCACGUAGAAAUCGGACACAGAGCUCUGGAGUUUCUUCAUCUUCACAAUGGGCAUGUUAACUACAAAGAGCUGUUACUAGAACACCAGGAUGCAUAUCAGGCUGGAACCGUGUUUCCUGAUUGUUUUUACCCUAGCAUCUGCAAAGGAGGAAAAUUCCAUGAUGUGUCUGAGAGCACUCACUGGACUCCGUUUCUUAACGCAAGCGUUCAUUAUAUCCGAGAGAACUAUCCCCUUCCCUGGGAGAAGGACACAGAGAAACUGGUAGCUUUCUUGUUUGGAAUUACUUCUCAUAUGGUAGCAGAUGUCAGCUGGCAUAGUCUGGGCAUUGAACAAGGAUUCCUUAGGACCAUGGGAGCUAUUGAUUUUCACGGCUCCUAUUCUGAGGCUCAUUCGGCUGGUGAUUUUGGAGGAGAUGUGUUGAGCCAGUUUGAAUUUAAUUUUAAUUACCUUGCACGACGCUGGUAUGUGCCAGUCAAAGAUCUACUGGGAAUUUAUGAGAAACUCUAUGGUCGAGAAGUCAUCACUGAAAAUGUAAUUGUUGAUUGUUCACAUAUCCAGUUCUUAGAAAUGUAUGGUGAGAUGCUAGCUGUUUCCAAGUUAUAUCCCUCUUACUCUACAAAGUCCCCGUUUUUGGUGGAACAAUUCCAAGAGUAUUUUCUUGGAGGACUGGAUGAUAUGGCGUUUUGGUCCACUAAUAUUUACCAUCUAACAAGCUUCAUGUUGGAGAAUGGGACCAGUGACUGCAACCUACCUGAGAACCCUCUGUUCAUUGCAUGUGGUGGCCAGCAAAACCACACCCAGGGCUCGAAAAUGCAGAAAAAUGAUUUUCACAGAAAUUUGACUACAUCCCUAACUGAAAACAUUGACAGGAAUAUAAACUAUACUGAAAGAGGAGUGGUCUUUAGUGUAAAUUCCUGGACCCCGAAUGAGACUGAAUUUCUCAAACAAUACAGCCUCAGAAGUGAAUAUUCACAACAGUCACGCAGGGUAGAAAAGGCAAUGACCUCAGCUGACCUCAACCAGGAUGGGUACGGCGACCUCGUGGUGGGCGCACCAGGCUACAGCCGCCCUGGCCGCAUCCACAUCGGGCGCGUGUACCUCAUCUACGGCAAUGACCUGGGCCUGCCGCCCGUUGACCUGGACCUGGACAAGGAGGCCCACAGGAUCCUUGAAGGUUUCCAGCCCUCAGGUCGGUUUGGCUCGGCCUUGGCUGUGUUGGAUUUUAACAUGGACGGCGUGCCUGACCUGGCCGUGGGAGCACCCUCGGUGGGCUCCGAGCAGCUCACCUACAAAGGUGCCGUGUAUGUCUACUUUGGUUCCAAACAAGGAAGAAUGUCUUCUUCCCCUAACAUCACCAUCUCUUGCCAGGACAUCUACUGUAACUUGGGCUGGACUCUCUUGGCUGCAGAUGUGAAUGGAGACAGUGAGCCCGAUCUGGUCACUGGCUCCCCUUUUGCACCAGGUGGAGGGAAGCAGAAGGGAAUUGUGGCUGCGUUUUAUUCUGGCCCCAGCCUGAGCGACAAAGAGAAACUGAACGUGGAGGCGGCCAACUGGACGGUGAGAGGCGAGGAAGACUUUGCCUGGUUUGGAUACUCCCUUCACGGUGUCACUGUGGACAACAGAACCUUGCUGCUGGUUGGGAGCCCGACCUGGAAGAAUGCCAGCAGGCUGGGCCGUUUGUUACACAUCCGAGAUGAGAAAAAGAGCCUUGGGAGGGUAUAUGGCUACUUCCCACCAAAUGGCCAAAGCUGGUUUACCAUUGCUGGAGACAAGGCAAUGGGGAAACUGGGUACUUCCCUGUCCAGUGGCCACGUGCUGAUGAAUGGAACUCUGACCCAGGUGCUGCUGGUGGGAGCCCCGACACGUGAUGACGUGUCUAAGGUGGCAUUCCUGACCAUGACCCUGCACCAAGGCGGAGCCACUCGGAUGUACGCGCUCACAUCCGACCUGCAGCCUCCGCUGCUCAGCACCUUCAGCGGAGACCGCCGCUUCUCUCGAUUUGGUGGCGUUCUGCACUUGAGUGACCUGGAUGAUGAUGGCGUAGAUGAAAUCAUUGUGGCAGCCCCCCUGAGGAUAGCAGAUGUAACCUCUGGGCUGAUUGGGGGAGAAGAUGGCCGAGUUUAUGUAUAUAAUGGCAAAGAGACCACCCUUGGUGACAUGACUGGCAAAUGCAAAUCGUGGAUGACUCCAUGUCCAGAAGAAAAGGCCCAAUAUGUAUUGAUUUCUCCUGAAGCCAGCUCAAGGUUUGGGAGCUCCCUGAUCACCGUGAGGUCCAAGGCAAAGAAUCAAGUCAUCAUUGCUGCUGGAAGGAGCUCUUUGGGAGCCCGACUCUCCGGGGCACUUCACAUCUAUAGCUUUGGCUCAGAUUGAAGAUUUCACUGCGUUUCCCCACUCUGCCCACCUCUCUCAUGCUGAAUCACAUCCAUGGUGAGCAUUUUGAUGGACAAAGUGGCACAUCCAGUGGAGCUGUGGCAGAUCCUGAUAGAUGUGGGGCUCCUGGGAGUAGAGACACACACCAACAGCCACCCUUUCUGGAAAUCUGAUAUAGUAAAUAUAUGACUGCACCAGGAGUAUGUGAAA